AUGAACAAGCUGCUGCUAGGAUAUGCUCCACUGCAGUCCAAGCCCCGGUACUUCUUCCUCUACAAACAGGGUCUCCCUGUUCGCCUCGUUGCCAUCCGGGCUCCAGCACUUCUACACCUUACCUCUCCUGGCCUUUCUCGCUCUCGGAGGCCUCUCCCUGGAGUACAAACACUAACACCUGCCACUCGAUCAACCCACACUGCUGACAGGUCUUGCCCUCCGUCGACUACGUACUGCCCCAGCCAGACCCCGGGCACGACGCCGUACCCCAGGCAAUGCCCUCGCCCCAUCCUGUUCCUCUCGACUUUGUUUGCACUACCAAGGUCGAUCUGGGGAGUGCCAUCUGCACACCCCCUGCAUCCUACAGUUGCACAUCACUCAGCGACCCUCAAUCAGGCCACCGUCCAUUCAAAUGCGCACACAUUUGCCAGGAAGAGAUCCUACAAACGUGCCCUACGUCGUGCUGCACAGGACGAGGCCCAGCAUACGAUUUAUCGAGGUCGUAUCUGUACCCUGCAACAGCUCUGCAAGGGCUAUCGGGGCCAUCGACCCGCCCCUCAGGCUGAGCGUCGCAUGCAGCAGGCCGCUCUGAAAGUCUCCCAGGGACGCCUGCUGUUCCUCUCAUGGAAUGCUGGAGGCUUGUCCCAGGCCCUGUGGCAGGAAUUCUUGCUGACACUUGAAAACAUGCCAACUGACGAACGACCCCAAAUCGUGUGUAUCCAAGAAACACAUUGGACGGACAAGGUGGCGCCAACAUUCCCCACUGCUACCUGGGAUGUGUACACCUCCCCAACCACAGACAACAAAUCUGCUGGGCUCCUGAUUCUUCUCAAUAAGAAUGCUACCCGCAACUGCAGAAUUGUUUACGCCGACCCUCAACCGGGCAGGGUGCAACACUUGAGGAUACUCCACGACAAAUGGGCAGUUGACCUGCUGCACAUCUAUCAAAAGCCGCACAACUCUCAUCCACUCGCACUGCAAUCCUCGAAAACCAUACGUUUAGCUGUCUGGGAGUGCAUUGGCAAGAUCCUGGCCGCUCUGCCUGCCCGAAACACAGUGAUCAUGCUUGGAGAUUUUAAUACUCAGAUCAAGCCGUGUGCUGCAGCUGGCACCAGGAUCUGUUCAAGCACCAGCACGAGCACACAUCCGCCUGAUCAGGCAAGGUUGCAGCACCUUGUUGAGGACUUCUCCCUCUUACACCUCAACUCGUGGUGCAAGGCGGCUGGCCCUACAUACCAUCACAACAAAGGUGCUAGCCUUAUUGAUCAUAUCAUCAUGCGUUCCAGCCAAGCGGAUGAUCGUGCUAGGCAGGCGAGACCGCUCCGCCUGGGAUUGGCUGCCUGGAGACUUGGUGGAUAUCACCUGCCACUGAAGGCCAGCAUCCCGCUUCAGCGUUUCCACACUCUUAACAAACCGGUGGCACCACAACGGGCAUGGGACCAUUGGGGCCUGAUUCAGGUUUGCCGCUCUACCUGGGAUCCGAGAGUUCAAAGUCUACGCUCUGCUGUCCAGGCGUCCCUACCAGGGGUUCAAGAUCUUGGACAAUUGCAUGAAACUCUGAUCCACUGUGCCUCCCAAUUCUUCCCGCCACCUGCAGGACAGCAUCGGCUGGCACUAUGGCAAACACCGCCUAUGCAGGAUGGUAUUCGCUCCAUGUGGCAGGCCUACCGAGUCUGGAAGACAGCCAAAGCUCAAGCUCAGCAUAAUCCGCUCUACGUUUCCAGGUGCUACCAUCACUUCAAGACGGCACACAAGGCCUUUCGUCGUGCCGGGAAAGAAGCCAAAAAGCACUGGUUCCAUGGCAGGCUACAGGAACUCCAGACUGCUGCCAGCUCAGGCGACUCUCGCAAGCUAUAUGCUGGCAUUCGUACCUUAGCUCCCAAAUCCUCCAAGCCGAAGGUUCAACUGCGAGAUUCUGGCGGACACCUGCAGGAUCCCAAGACCCAGCUAAAACAGCUGGAAACGCACUAUCGCAAACUGUAUGCUGCGGACGAGGAUGGCAGCAUACAAGGCCCUCAGCGACAGCCCAUUCACAUUGAAGUCACGGAGGCCGAAAUGACCCUGGCGCUCUCGCAAUUGUCACCACAUAAAGCUACACCUCCGAACUUAGCCACAAACUCUCUAUGGAGGCUGACCUCGGACCUCGUUGCGAAAUUGCGCCCCUACGCCGAGCGAUUCCUUGCAGACCAGGCACAAUUUGCAUAUCUGCCAGGUGCACAACUAUCGCUGGACCUGUCCAGUGCUUUUGACCUCAUGGACUGGCGCCUGCUGGACAAGGCUUUACUAGCGUCCGAAGUUCCGGCUGAGCUCAGACACCAAAUCAUGUCCUGGCACUCUGAAAUCUCCUAUGUCCUUACUCACCUUGGGCACACUGCCAAGGUGGAGGCCCAAAGAGGACUUAGACAAGGGUGUAAACUGGCUCCGUUGCUCUGGACACUCGCCCUAGCACAGAUAUAUCGUGAGAUCCUUGCUGAGGGGGACCCGCUUCUCACAGCACCUUGGCUAGAGCAAAGCUCCACGAUUUAUGCUGAUGAUAUACACCUCAAGGAUACUGUGCAGAACACUCGUGAGCUGGACGACAUGGUGUAUCGCUUUAGUAAGAUCCUCGAUGCCCUUGCGGCCCAUGGUAUGGUCAUCAACUCGGCCAAAUCAGCAUUGCUACUGAGACACAAGGGCAGUUUCAUCCGAGGCUGGCUGCGCCGACACCUCAUACCCAAACCCGAGGGGGACCUCCUACGUUUUCGCAGUCCACAGGGAACAGUGUAUGAAAUUCCAUUGCGUGACCAUCACACGUACUUAGGCAUACGCAUCUCCUACCAUUCACAGGCCAAACAAGCAGUCACCUAUCGGCUGCAGGCUGCGAAUCAGGCCUGGCAAAGACUCCGUGGUGUACUGUGCUCCACCAGGCAUCUCGCUCAGACGCAUCGUCUCAGUCUAUGGAAAUCCACAGUGCUUCCCACGCUGCUCUAUGGCAUCGCAGCAUCCAACCCAGGUGCCAAGGACAUACAGCGAAUGCAGCACAUGAUGACCAAGCAGGUUCGAGCCAUCACACGAUCCUUUGCACAUCUUCAGAAAGAAUCCACACAGGACCUUCUACACAGAUGCUCUUUGUCCACCAUUUUGGAGCACCUACAGAGGGAAGCCGCUGCCUUGCAUCGUAGCCUGACCCGCCUGAGCACUGAAACGAGCUUCGUGACCCAAGCCCAGGUGGAAUCAGCUCGAGACACUGCCGCUACACUUCACCUCCAAGUGCAACGCCAAUGGCAGGUCCCUCUUGGGGACACAGAAGGCAUCACAGAUCCUGCUGUACAUCAGUGUAUGCACAUGGAACAGAAGGACUUCCAACGUGCAGACACUGUGCCCAUCCCUUUCGACAAUGGGAUCUGUCUCCGGGGACCCACAUCCUGUCAAACGAUCAGGAUAGCUCCACUUCGCCGAGCCACGAGGUGGAUUGACCUCCUUGUGAAACCGGAGACCUACUCGUAUCUCCAGCACCACUGCCCGCUGUGUUACCAGUGGCUAGCCACCCCUACCAGCAUCAAGUAUCAUCUCACCAUGCAACAUCCAGAGUGGAAAGAAUGCCAACCUUGCACCAUGACACUCUGCGCGGAUCCCAUGGAGCUGGACGAACAGGAGAAGCAAUUUUGGGCCCAUGCCGGUCCGGUCAAACGGGACCGGAACAAAGGCAAGGGCAAGGGUACCAAGGGCAAAGGCAAGGGAAAGCAGGGCCUACCAAGUCCAUCCAGUGCCAACCAGGACCUGCAGCCACUGGGAAAUCACGAUCCAGACUGGAUGGAGUACAGGAUGAAUCGACUAUCCCAGCUGGUCCUUCGUCAGGAGCAAAUCAUCUCAGCCAUCCGUCAGGAUCUGGUCCUCUACCUCUUUGUACGAUCAGGGCCAGAAGGGAUGGUACCGGUUCUCUGCGAAGCAGCGGAGAAGUGGAGGAAGAUGAAAGAGGAAGAACCCGAGAAGAUUACUUACUCCCUCAAACUCAUGCUCUUCAAGCAGCUGCUCAUCACCUUACACCAGAGGUUGACCAACAUGAUUGCGGACGAGGAUGCUCUCGCCAAAGCCAAGAACCUGAACUGGAUCGACGAUCAGAAACAUUGGAAACAUCUUACAUGGAAUCCUACCAAACAAUGUCUGGAAGUCGACAACUCGGUGAGGCCAAUACCGGCGGAAGAUCUGCUGGCCCAACUGGUUCAGAUGAGGAAGGCUGUUACGGAGGAGACUCUGGUGAGGUUCAAGUCCAUGAGGAAGCUCACCACGGAGGUGACCUCCGACUGGAUUCAGUUCCAGAUCUGCAUGUCCCUUCGCCCAGAGGGAGGAGCCAUGUGGAGCACGCUGAACCAGUGGAUCGGACAAGCAUCGUGGCACACCCUGGGCUGCAGGCUUCGCCGCGACCGGCCGAACUACGACACCCUGGUCCAGGAAGUGUGGCAACAUCAGUCCUUCACUCGGUACCGUGGCUUAUGCUGCUGCAAGCUUGGCCUUCUGUGCAUCGUCAGCACGAUGCAGCUGAACUGCUACAAUACCUUCUACCCAGGUAUUGCCACUCUCGACAAGGGGCCUACCCAAGCUCCCAUUCCGAUUGCGCUGCCGGCAGGUCCAAGUCUGGAGCUCCAAGCAGCCAUUGAUGGGUGGAGUGCUCAGGUUACAGCUCGCUAUGCACUGCUGAAUCCGUCUCCCAUGCUCUGCAUACAACUCCAACGCUUCACAAAUGCCGAGGGAGUCAUGCGCAGGGACACCAGACCACUGGUCGUGGCCUCGACUACAGUUCGUAUGCCACUCUUUACAGGUCUGCACACAAUGCAAGUUCGCUAUGUCCACUACCAGGUCGUCGCUGUACAGCUUCACUACGGGGUUCCCAGCCGUUUGGCUUACUUCAUGUCGCUGGCACCCCAUCGCCGAGUUCUCGUGACGGGAGCAAACAAGGGCAUUGGCCUUGCCAUUGUCAGACAGUUGCUGACAGAUGCCAGUGACACCUUCGUUUAUCUUGGGUCCCGUGACGAAGCCCGGGGGGAAGAUGCUGUUCGGAGCUUGAUCGGAAGCCACCCAGAGUGGAAGGAGCGAGUGGAGCUUCUUCUGAUAGAUCCUACGAGCGACCCGUCGGUAGCGGCGGUACAGCACAAACUUGAGGCUGGCAAAAUUGAGCUUUAUGGCAUCGUGAACAAUGCAGGCUGUUUCAUGAAAUUUUCGGAAAUGCUGCAGCUCCACCUCUAUGGCACCAAGAGGGUCAAUGAUGCCUUAGUCCCCCUAUUGACUCCAAUGGGAGGACGCAUCGUAAACAUCUCCUCCGGAGGAGCCCCGACGUGUGUGGCCAAAUGCCGCGACGACCGGAAGGCACUGCUUAGUAGCUCCGAGCCACUGUGGGAGCAGAUUGACGCGCUUGGGCAAGAGGUGGAGGCCAUCUUGCGAAGCUUGCCGGCGGAGGCGGACGACGCGGCUGUAACCCGGGCCACAGGCGUUGCCUGGGGUUUGGAUGGCUACGGCUUCUCCAAGGCUCUGCUCAACUCCUAUACGGCGUGGCUUCAGAAGCAGCAUCCGAAGCUCAUCGUCAGCUGCUGCAACCCGGGCUUUAUUGAGACGGACCUCUCCCGCCCGCAUGCGGAGCAGAUGGGAAAGACACCGGCAGAGAUGGGGAUGAUGCCUGUGGAGCAAGGCGCCGUAGUUCCUUGCAAGCUGGUUCUCGAGGACUUGAGGGAGAGGGGGCCGUACUACGGCAGCGACGGCAGAGCUUGCGGCCUGGCGGAGGUGGAUCCCAAUGAUUUCGUGGCCAACGCGGUGGCGCACAAGCAGGCUGCCUAUGACAUGGAGCUGGCAAAGCACGCCACGCACGCGGCGCUGGAGAUGGAGAACACGCGGAGGCUGGUGGAAAGAUACAUCCUCGGCACCGACGUGCUCACCAUCAGCGAUGUGGAGCCAACUGCGGGUCAGGUCGAGGGCGGCGGCCCCCCGAACUACUCGGCCUACGCGUACCCACUGGAUUCCGCGACCUGGCCGACGAACUAUCCCGUGCCGGAGCCGGCCACCCUGGACAAAGAGUACCUCCUUCCAGAGAAGGUGAAGCUGGACUGGGCACCCGCUCUCUGUGUGGGUGGCGCCCCUUCCUCCGGUGCAAUCCGCCCGGGGGCGGCGGCAGCUGAGGAAUUUCCUUUGACGAGGGAACUCCUGGCUCACGCUGACGCGUAUGCGGGACUCCAUGGAGAAAAGAGCACGACAAGAGUGAGCCGAAAGACAGUUGGCCGAAAUGCUUUACAGUGGGGGUUCAGGGUUUGUUUUCCUGCAGUCUUAUCAGGUGGGUCAUGCUAA